GUAUCAUUCCCUGUAAAAUUCAGCCUCGUCCCAUUAAUUGCCUGCGCGUGCGCGCGAGUAGGCGUGUGUUUACGCGCACGGUGCACGAGUGUGUGCAUACCGAUUCCGCUUCAAUUUCCCACAAUUCUCCUCUCGGCUCACGGCGCGAAGGGCGGAGGGUGAACGAAUGAACCGGGGUAGAGCGGCGGCUCUGUCAGGGAACACAAGCCCACGCACGGCGUAUGCAACCCGCGUAACCAGGCCAGCGAGGAACGGCUUCCUACUGUAUAAUUUACCAUGACAACCGAAUCAGGCUCAGACUCUGAGGCCAAGCAGCAGCAACAAGUGGAGGGCACAGAGACGCCCAAAGAGAACCUAAAAGCUGCUGAACCCGCCUCGCUUCACGACCAGCCUGAGCAGUUACCCGCCGCCGUGGGACAUAGCACGCCGGCCAGGAAAGAACAGGACACACAAGAAGAUCAAGAGUCACGCCAGUCAUCUUCCAGUCGUUUGUCCAGGUCUCCUUUAAAAGGAGUGAAGAAGGUCAAGAUCAUGCAAUGUAAGGUGACGUUACCAGACGGCUCUGACUACACAGUCAGUGUAGAGAAACGUGUUAAGGGCCAGGUUCUCUUCGAUAAAGUGUGUGAUCACCUCAAUCUGUUGGAGAAGGACUACUUUGGCAUUACAUACAGAGAUGUGGAAAAACAGAAGAAUUGGCUGGAUCCUACCAAGGACCUGAAAAAGCAGAUCAGAACUGGCCCCUGGAACUUUGCAUUUAAUGUCAAGUUCUACCCUCCCGAUCCUUCCCAACUAACCGAGGAUAUCACAAGGUAUUACCUGUGCCUGCAGCUCCGAGAUGAUGUGGUUUCGGGCCGCCUCCCCUGUUCAUUCGCCACCCACACCGUUCUGGGCUCAUACACUGUGCAGUCAGAGUUGGGUGACUACGACCCAGAUGAGCUGGGAAGCGACUACAUCAGCGAGCUACGCUUCGCACCCAACCAAACCAAAGAGCUGGAAGAGAAAGUCAUGGAGCUCCACAAGACCUAUAAGGGGAUGACGCCGGCCGAAGCAGAAAUACAUUUCUUGGAAAAUGCAAAGAAGCUGUCCAUGUACGGUGUGGAUCUCCACCACGCCAAGUUGGUAGGGCAUCUCUAUCAAGGCUUGGCUCGCACUGAGGGGGAGGACUCAGAGGGUGUGGAAAUCAUGUUGGGAGUGUGUGCCAGUGGUCUCCUGAUCUACAGGGACAGGUUGCGCAUCAAUCGGUUUGCCUGGCCUAAAAUCCUCAAGAUCUCCUAUAAGAGGAACAAUUUCUACAUUAAAAUCCGCCCCGGCGAGUUUGAACAGUUUGAAAGCACCAUCGGCUUCAAGCUUCCCAACCACCGUGCUGCCAAACGGCUGUGGAAGGUAUGCGUCGAACACCAUACCUUCUUCAGGCUCGUGUCCCCUGAAGCGCCCCCAAAGAAGUUCCUCACCCUCGGCUCCAAGUUCCGUUACAGCGGCAGGACACAGGCUCAAACUCGCAGAGCUAGCUCGCAGAUCAUUCGACCUGCGCCCUUUUUUGAGCGCUCUGCCAGCAAACGUUACAAUAUGUCACGUAGCUUGGAUGGGGCACCAAUCACAGAGAACCACGAGACCCUGAUGAAUGACAACGAUGGAGCAGCCAAUUCCAGAGGCGGCAUAAUUACAACGGUGACCACGGAAAAAAAGGCUGAGGAAGAGAAAGCGGAGCAGGAAGAUGCCCGUGCAGACACGACAGAAGCGGCCGCUGGCACCACACCGACACUCAAACAAGAAGCAAAGCGCUCCCUCCGCGCGUUCACCACUAGCCCCCUCGGCUCUGAGCUCUCACUUCCCUCAUCCCCCGUGUCAUCAACAAAAGUUCGGCGGCGGCGCAAGGAGGACGCGCGCAAGCGGGCCUCCUCUGUGAGCCCAGUCAAGGACAGUGCCGGCCGUCUCCGCCAGCAGGCCCGCUCGGAGCGACAAGCGGCCCUGCUGGCGGAGCGGGCAUUGCUGCUGUCGGCCCGUAAACAGCGGCUGGAGCAGAGCGGCAGGGCGCGCGGUGGCACGCUCUUCUCUUUCUCCCUGCACCUGCCUGACCUCUCAGCUAUCCUAGACGAGGAUGGCUACCUUAGUUUCCCUGACCUGUCGGAGAUGCGCUUCCUGCCCGAGUGCGCACAGAACUUUGUGCCCAUCAAGUCACCGUCGCUCAUCCCCUGCUUCCUCUUCAUCUUCUUCUUCCUGCUCUCUACCUCCUUCUCUGUGCCCUACGCCCUCACUCUCUCUUUCCCUCUGGCGCUGUGCCUCUGCUACCUGGAGCCCAAGGCAGCCUCGCUGACCACCUGCAUAGCCCAGGGCUACCAUGACCAUGACAGUUCUGAGGAAGAGCAGACUGACAGCGAACAAACUGACUUUGCUUUUGACGGAGAUGUGACAGCUACUGAGUCUGAUGCGGACGAAGACUCGGAAUUGCGCACUCAGGACACCGAGCCCCCCACUGAGAUGGUCAAGCACCAAACCAACAUCAGUGAGUUGAAGCGCUCCUUCCUGGAGACAGACACCGGCAUACCAGGCCUCACCGAGUGGGAGAGGAGGCUCUCCUCAUCCCCGGCGCGUUCGCCCCGAGCGGACGAGGCGCCUAUGAUAGAACCUCUGGACCUGCAGGAUGAAAAAAUUGAAGACUCCAUCACAGAUGAAGCAAAGGUGGAGCCGAUAGUGACUGAGGCGGCGGGAUAUCUGCUGAAUUGCGCUGCAGAUAGUACACUAGUGGACGUCGUGCUGCCCUCAGGGCCACAGGGGAUUAGCCCAUCGCCCGCUACAGAUGACGACGUUUUCACAGCGGAGGAGAGAAGUCCGGACUCCCAGUACGAGUUGUCUGAAAAGUCCCUGGCUCAACUGAGCCCGGGUUCCGUCAGGGAGGAAGUGUCCCAAGCCAUCACCGACAAGAGAGGCAUGCUCAUCAUUUUGAAGGAGGCCGAGGCACAAGGCAAAGAAGAGUUGGGACAUCUCCUCAUGACCAAGAUGGAGGCGCUGCUAGAAGACACCCCAGAGAUCAAAAGCUCACCCAAGAAAGCAAUGGCAUCGUGGGUGUCUGAAGUGGCGAGAGCAGAAGAGUCCGAAGUCUUCGGCGUGCUGACGGAGGAGAUGACGAAGACUUUUGAGGAGCCAAAGCCCGACAUGGCUCAGAUUAUACUUCCGGAGACCGCAACUUUAGCAGUGGUAACUUCAACUCUCGGAUGGGUUUCUCCUUCAGUGACUUCUGAAAAGGCUUCACCUGAGCCAGAGCAGAAGAUGGUUGUUGACGUGGAGAAUGACAAAGUGCCGGAAAACUCUACACAGGGAACUGACGACGACCAGGUCUGUGCCAAAGAGAUGCCCCUAGUUCAUACGGAGACCAAAACCAUUACAUAUGAGUCUGGAGUGGGCGAUGUAAAUGGCGACGCAGACCCCGGGGUGUUGCUGAGCGCCCAGACCAUCACCUCAGAAACCACCAGCACUACCACCACCACACACAUCACAAAGACUGUCAAAGGAGGCAUUUCAGAGACGAGAAUCGAGAAAAGGAUCGUCAUCACAGGAGACUCCGACAUUGACCAUGAUGAGGCUUUGGCUCAGGCCAUAAAGGAGGCUAAAGAGCAGCAUCCUGACAUGUCAGUGACCAAAGUAGUGGUACAUAAAGAGACAGAGAUCACGCCAGAGGAGGGGGAGGACUGACCCAGGUGUAACGACGACAUCUCAAAAUUCCACAUUUGACGGCGGGACCUGAAACUAUUCAUCUCCCUUUCUCUUCCUCCAGCUUGCCCGCUAGUCGCCACCAUCCUACCCGCAGAAGUUAGAAAGAAAAAAAAGAAGGAACGCAUGCGGCAAAGGACGCAAUAUGGCAUUAUUAUUACCAUCACACACACAUGCAAGAUUAUCCCGGAAAGCUGUACGAUUUUAAAAAAGUAAUAAUGAUAAUUAAAGCAAGUUGCUUUCACUGCCUUAUGACUUUAAAGUGUUUCAUGAGAGUCAAUUCUUGUAGCCAGCUUUUUUUUUUUAAAUUUAUGAAGUAAAAGCCAUCACUCCAGACAGAAGCUGCGUAUACGGUUAGCACGUGCACUAUUUAACCUUCCAGUCGAUGGAUUUCCCGUCAGGUAUGCCACUAAAUAAAAACAGUCCGUUUUUUUUAAUUUGUUUUUAAAUCUUUUAUCAUUGUUGAUUUUUUUGUUUUGUUUUGUUUUUUUACUUGAACCGCAUUUUUUUUUAACAAUAAUAAAGGUUUUUUUUUUUGCACAUUGGCAUAGACAUUACAAUGAGGCUUUUCAUCGGCAAGACGCCAAGGAAAUCAUUUGAAAGUGCCUGCGCAGGCUUUGAAUGUUUCCGCUGUACGCCGCCCACUCAUAGCGCCACCUGUCUCCAUUGCCAAGUAUGUUUACUCCCGAUGGGUGGGAAAAGUGGCCGAUGUGUAUCUGUUUUGAAUUGCAGUUUCUGUCUCCGGUUAAUAAAAUAUCAUCAC